AUGGAAGAGAACUAUCAGCUUACUGUACCUUUUUCAGAGCCUGAAAUUUGGAAGGCUAUAUGUUCGUGCGGUUGUGAUAAAGCGCCUAGUCCGGACGGCUUUACGUUGGAUUUCUUCAGGAAAGCUUGGACCAUCAUUAAAGCAGAUAUUAUCAAAGCUUUGGAUGAAUUUCACAUUACAGGUACCCUUCCCAAUUCGGUGGCUCAUUCUUUCUUGUGUCUGAUUCCGAAGAGGGAUGCGGCUGAAGAGGUUGGAGACUUUCGUCCAAUCAGUCUUGUGGGUAGCCUUAAUAAGAUCAUCUCGAAGCUCCUGUUCUUGCGGCUCCAGCCUUUCAUGAGGAGUUUAAUCUAUAGACAGCAGUUUUCGGGUAUUAGAAAACAGCAGAUACAUGAAGCAGGGCUCAUUGCGAACGAAUUGAUUGACAGCAGGUUGAGGACACUUUUUCCCAGGACUUGUCUUUAA